AUGGCGGAAAAGACCGAAAGAAACAAAACAGCGAGAGAUUCCGGGUUUCAGAAUCCCGAGGACGAUGGUGCAGGUGUUCAAAAUGUCGAUUUAACUACCUCGAUUCCUCCUCCAGGAGCAGGGGAUAUUUUUAACGAAUUUCGGGGUAAUUUUGGGUUACAGUUAGAAAAAAUUGACGAGAAUCCCGGGGAUAUUAAAUUAGAGGAAUUUGGCACUCCCAGAUCAAAUAGGGGAAAAAUAGAGUUUAGUGAAUUAAAUCACGAAUUAUUAAUGAGUUUAAUAGAUGCGAUGAAAGAGAUGAAGGCUCAAGUGCAGAGCAUGGCAAACGAGAUCGCCCGAAACAAUCAGGCAAACAUUGAUUUGAGGUCUGAAUUCACAGAGAAAUUCAAGACAAUGCAAGCCACAAUCGCUAGUGAGGUUCACCAAAUAUACGAACCAAUUAAACGACAUGUCACGGGCUUGACAAAAAUCGUCCAGGACAACGAGUCGAAGAGUGCUGUGGUCGAGGUGAGUGUUGCUCAAAUGCAACUGAAUGUGAACGCGAUCAAAAAAAGGGUCGAAAACCUUGAACAGAAGGACAAAAUUGAAAGUCCAAAUACGGAAAGUACGAGGAUUGUCCAGAAACCAAACAAAGAAGUUUCUGACGACGAAUCUGAAGAGGAACCGGAAGAAGAAAGAAGAGAACGGAUUCGGACGAUGCUGCCGAUGGACAUGCAUCCGAAUAAAAUCAAAAUCAAACCUCCCACAUAUGAUGGAUCAGAGAAAAAGAGACCAAUGAAAUUCAUCAAAGAAUUUCGGAGGUAUUGUGAGGUCACCAACCCCACCAUAACUGAAAUGAAAUAUUUAUUGGGACAAUGUCUGGAGAAAGCGGCAAAGGAAUGGUGGGUUCUUAUCGAGGAUCGUGUCGAGGAUUUCGAGGAAGUGGAGAAGAAAUUUGUGGAGCGCUUCUGGAGUAUGGAUGUCCAGAGAAAAGUGAGAAAGGACCUCGAGUUCGGACAUUACUCGGAAAAGGACAGUAAAAUAUCUAAAGUGGAAUAUACAAUCCACAUUUUUGGAGCCGCAAAAGAUCUCAUCCCUCCUCCCAGUGAUGAAGAUAUAAUCGCGUCGCUCUCGCAACACUACACGGACGAAAUCCAAGCAACAAUUAUCAGCCGGGGAUUCAAGACGCUCGAACAAUUAAUUGAAUUCCUGGGGAAAAUGGAUCGGCAUGGACCAAUCACCUCAAAAAAAGAAAAGGAAGCUGCUCAAUCCUCUCCAAACCAGAAUAAAAAUAAAAACGAACAGAGACCGUUCCGUAUGCCACAGCAAAAUAAUUGGAAUAACCAAGGAGGCUAUCAAAAUAAUUUCAACCGUGGCAACCCGAAUUGGAAUCAAAACAAUCGGUCGAACAACGGGGGAUAUCAGAAUAAUGGUUGGAAUAAUCAACAAAACCGGAAUUUUAAUCAAAAUUACAACCAACGGUCAAAUAACGGUAACUUCAAUCAACAAAACCGAGGUUAUCAGUCAAAUUACCAGCGUCCAAAUAAUGGAAACUACAACCAACAAAAUGGCUACAAUCGCCCAAAUCAGAAUCCAAAUUUGAGACGUCAACAAAACAAUGGAGGAUACCGACCGCCAAAUAACUCGAAUAAUCACCAGCAGAAUAAUCCUCCAGAACAACAAAUUCAAGCAAUAGAGGUCCAUCAAGAACCACAACCCUCAACUUCAGCGGCGGGAAACGAAUAA